AGCUCCUGGCCACAGCAUGGACGAUGUGGGUGUGAGAGCUUCUGGCCACAGCAUGGACAACGUGGACAUGUUCCAGCCUCGGGACAAGAAGCGUAGAUUGCAGGAUGACAACACUGAGAAUAUCAACGUGGCUGCAGUGAAUAAUAAGAGCAUGUCCCUGCAGCGCUCACGGCUUCCACAGCUGUCUCUGAGGCGAAUACAGAUGCCAGCUGCAGUGGCCAGCACUGACCCGGCUGGGGCAGUGAAGAAGGCGGGCUGCAGCACCAUCCCGCCGAGCUCCUCCAGGGGCCGGAUGGCACAGAGCACACCUGGCAAGGCAAAGAAGACUCGUGUGGCAGCGGUAGCUAAAGAUGCAGCUCCCAGCACUGCUGCACAGGGUGCUGUGGCCAAGAGGCGACCGGCCUGGGAUGUGAAAGGGAAGCUGGAAGACACGAAGAAACUCCUGUCGGAAUGCGCGGGCAAGCUGCAGGUCGCGGAGCUGCAGAGGAAACGGCUUCAAGAGAGUGUAGACGUGCUGACCAUAGGCAUGUCGCAUGCCACAUCCCGAGUCAAAGAACUGGAAGACAAACUGCGGACAGCGGAGUCUCAGCUGCAGAGCAGGGAAUCGGAGCUGGGUCAGCUUCGACAUGACAUCACUGCCCUGCAGAAGGUGUUGCCGCUCCGGGAAGCUCAAAUCAGCAGCUUAACUACUGAAGUGAAAGAACUCUCCGCCGCUAUGGAAGACAACAAGAGUACACUGGUGUACACACAGCAGCAACUGGACCAGAAGACUGCCUUUGCGGAUGAAAAAGAAAAGCUUGCCGACAGUCUGGAGGAGCAGCUUCAGCAUAUGGAGCAGGCACUGACAAACACUGAGCAGGAAAGACGCAGAUUGCACAACGACGUGCAGGAGCUGAAGGGGAAUAUCCGUGUUAUCUGCCGUGUUCGCCCGUUUCUGGACGGGGAGAGGCACAAUGAUAUGAUGCACAUUCAGUUCCUGCCCAGUGAUGAGAAGGUGAUCACCCUAACAAAGGAGCAGGAGUCUCACACUGGGAACAACCGGAAAGAGGUGGUGAAACACAACUUUAGUUUUGACCACGUUUUACAGCCAGUGGCAAAGCAGGAAAAAGUGUUUGAAGACAUCUCUCAACUGGUGCAGUCUGCCCUGGAUGGCUACAAUGUUUGUAUCUUUGCCUACGGCCAAACAGGCAGUGGCAAGACCUACACCAUGGAGGGGCCGGACGAGCUGACGUGUGACACCAAGGGGAUGAUUCCACGCGCAGUCGAUCAGAUCUUCGUCACUGCGCGUAGACUCGAGACCAUGGGAUGGAUGUACAAGUUCACCGCCAGCUUUCUGGAGAUUUACAAUGAAACCAUCCGUGACCUGUUGGUAACUAGAUCGCAGAAGGCCGCUGUGUACGAGAUCAAGCAACGCGGUAACCAGAGCCAUCCGGAGCAGCUGUACGUCACCAACUUGAAGUACGUCACUGUCGACACAGUGGAGGAGGUCAACAAGUUGAUUGCCACGGCCAAGUCAAACCGUUCGGUGGCAAAAACAGCAGUCAAUCAUAAAUCAUCAAGAAGCCACAGUGUCUUCCAGCUGCAAAUAGAUGGGAGUAACACUGCCAAAGGCCUGACGUGUAGAUCAACCCUGUGCCUGGUGGACCUGGCGGGCAGCGAGCGCCUGGAUAAAUCUUGUUCGACCGGGGAACGUCUGAGGGAGGCUCAGGCAAUCAACACCAGCCUGUCCUGGCUCGGACUCGUCAUUCAGUCACUGUCCAACAAGGAAGCUCACAUCCCUUACCGCAAUAGUAAGCUGACCCUCCUAUUACAGAACAGCUUGGGGGGAAAUUCGAAGACGUUGAUGUUUGUCAACGUGUCACCGCUGGAAGAAGACUUCCAUGAAUCCCUCAACACCUUGCGGUUUGCCAGUCAGGUGAACGAGUGCAACAUUGGCACUGCACAAAUGAAUCGUAAACGUGUCCUGUGAGGGGGAGAGGAGCCGUCGUUCUGUGUCCAGCUGGGCUGCUGAUAAAGUCUCGUUUUUAUAUGUGUUUGUAUCUAUUGCUUUAAUCUGUUUUAUUUUUUAAUCUAAUAAAGUAUUAUUAUUUUUGCUACCCUCA